CUAAAGUCCGUUCCCAAGGUUUUUAAGAUACCCUGCUCAUAAUAUUCGCUGAUACCGCAGAUCUGGCAACCACAGUUCCUGGAACUACACAGCUCCUGCUUCUGUCCAACCAGCCCUACGUAUGCGCAGCAAAGCGAGCCUAACACAGUGAAAAUGCCUCUGGCUAGAGACCUCCUCAACCCUUCCAUCGAACAUGAGAGAAGACAACAUAAAAAGAAAAGGCUUGUUCAGAGCCCUAACUCCUACUUCAUGGACGUGAAGUGCCCAGGCUGCUACAAGAUCACCACAGUGUUCAGUCAUGCACAGACAGUGGUUCUCUGUGUUGGAUGCUCAACUGUGUUGUGCCAGUCAAGAGGAGGAAAAGCCAGACUGACAGAGGGUUGCUCUUUCAGGAGGAAGCAACAUUAGAGGGAUGACACACUUAGUCAUGUCUGUAACUAAGCCAUGCUGUUAAAACAAAUCCCUUUUUUUCCAUUGAUUACAAUGUAGUUGUGCAUUUACAAAUGGCAGGUUCUGCCACUGUACAGCUGUUCAGCUUUUAUGAUGAAAUUUAUAAACUAGCAAAACUUUUAAUAUUCAAGAUGAUAAUUGUAAAAUCUCACUGAGACAAUAAAGGAGUCUGUUAUAAAA